AUUUCGAAGGGACUACGGCUAGACGCCUACGUCAUGUGCAAUUCUGUGAAGCACGCGACACACGCGUAGCGUGGUCCUCGGGAUAGUAUGAGAUUUGGUGGUCUCACUCGCGUUUACAAGCGUGGGUCCCUAAAGCUGUGUCCCGGCGCCACCGCCAUACGCAGGUCCGCUCUACCUAGGCGAGUUGUAUCUCGGCGGCCACGAUGGGUUAUCCUGGGAGGAUGAGGAUAGAGUUGAGUUGGCUGAUGGGGUGCAAUGCCUGCUUGGGUGCUUCGACGGUCACUCAUGCAAGGGACGGUGGAGCAGCUGUCAUUGCAGCACAUGCUGUACACUUCACAUCGUCUCAAGCGUCCGGUCAGUUGCGAUGAUGUGUAUCUACCGUGCCGAGGAUCUUCAUUACGAAGGCCCGUAUCAAUCCAUACCGUGCGACGCUAGGCGUCCUGCCGUGCGUGCAGGGUCGCGGCAUCGAGAAGCAUGCAUGCAUGCUAGGCAAGUGUAUCUGAUAUAGUUCGUACGGUCCCAUAUCAUGC